CGUUUACAAGCGGUCACACCGAAACGCGUUUGCAUUUACAUUGACUUGAUUUCGCGACAAAUUAAUUUUUAAAUUCCAUAAACGAAAAUGUCGAAAGCACAUCCACCAGAGCUGAAAAAAUACAUGGACAAGCGCAUGAUGCUUAAGCUAAAUGGCGGCCGCGCUGUCACCGGCAUUCUGCGCGGCUUCGAUCCAUUCAUGAACGUUGUGCUCGACGAUACGGUGGAGGAGUGCAAGGAUAAUACCAAAAACAGCAUUGGAAUGGUGGUAAUUCGUGGUAACAGCAUUGUUAUGGUCGAGGCUCUGGAUAGAGUCUGAUACGAAAUCUCUAAAGCAGCCUCAUUCCCUCAGAUGUAUCCAAUUGGGAUAGUUUAGGAUUUGCUGACUUUAAUAGAGAUUUAUCUGCCAGAUAAAGGUUAAAUGUAAACUAUUUAACAAACACAAACUAGUCGUAAGGCUCUA